GAUGAGUGCAAUUGUGCAGUAGUUUGAGCAUUAUUUGGCAUUGCCUUUCUUUGGGAUUGGAAUGAAAACUGACCUUUUCCAAUCCUGUGGCCACUGCUGAGUUUUCCAAAUUUGCUGGCAUAUUGGAUUAUACUGGACUGACUGGGAUUAGAUUGGGAAAUGCAGGGUAGCAUUCCAGUAAUGGGCAGGGAUCCCAGUGAGAAUCAGCCCAGGUGAAUGAGCUGAAACAUGUAUGUGAAUGGAGGUAAAGAUGGUCAGAGUGAUAGAGGAUGGAAUUAAAGAGCAGAAGAAGGUGAGGAACUGGCUAUUAUACAGCAAAAGCAGAGAGGGUGAAAGUCACUUGGCCCAAGGUGAGUCAAGUGGGGGAAAUGAGGCCCAAUGUGAGUAAAAAGUGGUAAAUCUGAGACAGAGUGUGACUCAGUGAGGGUACUGUGGGAUGAAGUGGGAGCAACUCAGCAUGAAUCAGGAGCAGAACGAGAGUGAUGAGUGGAAACAGGGGUUACAUUGGGAAUGACUUUAAAUGAAUGAGACAAUGAGCAGCAGCAUGUGAGUAAAUGGAGGCAGUGAAGAUAGAGGCAGUGAAAAAUGAGAAAGAACAGAGGGGAUCAAGCGUAGAGUAAGUAUGUGUGGAUAACUUGGGCUAGUGUUUGAAAGUAAUACAGUUCCAGGAAAUGCAGGUAAUAUGGGGGCAGCCUUUGAGAGGACAGAAGUGAAGAAGGGGCAGAAAGGGAGUGAAUGAGGCGAGAAUGAGACCCAGUGUCAAUGAAUAAAGCUGAAGGAUGGGCCACAUGAGACCACUGGAUGGGAGUCAUUUGAUGCAGUGUCAGGCAGUGAAGGUUAAAGUAGGAAAUGAGAGUCUGAGUGGGAGUGAAAGGAGGUGAAGAAGGAAAGGAUGUGAGAGAGCUUGGGUUAUAGCAAGUAGAGGGUUACGGAAUUACAGUAACACAAGGCCCAGCGUGAAUGAAUAUAAGUGGAUACAAGACAGUGUGAGUGGACAAGGGAAUAAAUGGUAGAGUGAGAAUGGGGGUGAAAAAGCAGUAGAGUGAACAUGUAUGUGUAAUAUAUAAUGUGGGGCAGAGUCUGAUUAAACGGGUGUAAUGUGGGGCAGAUUCCAGUAAAUGAGGGUGGAACAGAGCACAUUAAGUGAAGGGAGGUGAAGGAGGUGCUGAGAGUGAGUAAAGGGAGGUAAUGUGGAGCAGAGGGUGAGGGCACAGUAAUCAUAUUUUAUAGAGCAUGAGGAAUCUGAGGUGGUGGUAGACAUGGUGUAGUGACUAGAGCUGACUACUCAGCGGAGUGGGGGAAAUGGAGGUGAUGUGGUGCAGAGUCAGUGCAAAUGGAGGUGACCCAGUGGUAGAGCAUGAUUAAUGGGAAUAGAGUGGGACAGUGUUAAGGAACAUCGGGGAAUAUGUGCUGAGUGUGAGGUUUAGCACUUGGGGCCUGUCAGUUCCUUGGGUGUCCCAAGCCCCUCUCUCCCUGCAUCCCUUUCUGACAUCUCUGGGUUUCUCCCUGUCCCUGUCUCCUUCCACCUCUGUGCAUAUAUCAGUAUCUUUCUUUUUUCUUUGUGUGUGUCUUUAAGAGAGCUGGCACAGGGGAAGAUGGUGAGAUGCCCAAACCUCUCUCUGGCCUCUGUGUUCUAAAAUCUAUCACCUAGCUCUUUGCUCAUAAAGCCCAGAGUUCCAGUAACCCCUAGUUCUGCACACUGCAGGGUGAGUCUGGAGCAGGGGAGUAAGUUAGGACGACUUGUGGCUGUCAUAAUGCAGGUCUCAGGCACUAUUGUAGUGAUCCUGAUGGCUGCCAACGUGGAGGCCAAGAUCUACGAACGCUGUGACCUGGCAAAGAAGCUGGAAGCGGCAGGCCUCAACGGCUUCAAGGGCUAUACCAUUGGAGACUGGCUGUGCAUGGCACACUAUGAGAGUGGCUUUGACACUUCCUUCAUGAACCACAAUCUCGAUGGCAGCAGCGAAUAUGGCAUUUUUCAGCUGAAUUCCGCCUGGUGGUGUUACAACGGUGUUACACCCAGCGAGAACCUCUGCCACAUGGAUUGUCAUGAACUGCUCAACCGCCAUAUUCUGGAUGACAUUAUGUGUGCCAAGAAGGUAGUGUCCUCAGAGAGUGGCAUGAGUGCUUGGGAUUCUUGGAACCAACACUGUUAUGGCCAUGAUUUAUCUGAAUGGCUCAGGGGAUGUGAUAUGAAUGCAAAACCUAACAAAAAAAUUAUUUCAUGACUCAGCUUCCCAGGAAUGGAGAUUUUAUUUUCCUCUCUGUUCUUUCUUCUGUGGAUAUAAUAAAGGAUGAUAUCUAUAAACAAUGCAAACAACCUCUGAUGUCUGGCUUUCUUCAUUUUUCCAGUGCCUUAAGGUGCCCCUAUUCAAUCACUCCCUCCAUAUAUUCAAAGCUCUAAUCAGGGGACAUGAGAUCACUUGGGGUGGGGCUGGAAGAUAAUGUAGUGAUUAAGAAUAUAGGUUCUCCUGGGUUCAGAUACCAUCUCUACCACUUACUAGCUGGGUUGCCUUGUGUAAGGCACUUAAUUUCUUUGUGCCCCUGUUUCCUCAUCUGCAAAAUGAGGAUGAUAGUGGUAGUAACUAUCUCCUGGGGUUGUUGAGAGAAUUAAAUGAAUUAAUGUCUGUAAGGUACAUAAAGUGGUACACAAAGCAGUUCUAAGUCUGGAGGUAGAAGAGUGGAGUAGGGAGGUAUGAAAAUUGGCUUCCCUUAAAAAGUAUCACUCCUGGUUGAAGUAACUAUAGGGUGUUUAAUUAAGGCAAAUACAGAAUCUUCAGGGGAAAAUUGAAUUGGUUUCAGCUUACACAGGAAGCUCAGUAGGAAUUGGGAUUUUGAAGCAUUCACAUUCUCUCACAUAGUACCAUUCUAACUCUCAGCCCCCAACUCCUUCUUUCAUGAUCUAUAACCAAAGUUUCAAAUGACAAACUGGGAAUUUAGGCCAGGAAUUCAACAGCUGCACAAGGUAAUAAUUAUUUUUACAGUCCAUUUUGAGCAGAGAAUUUAGGCAUUUGAACUUGCCAUUCUUUCCCUUUAUGCUGGCCAGCCCCAUUGGAAGCAGCCACCCCCUUGAGGAAACAGUCUCUCACAUUCUUUGUAUUCUUUGGUUGCAGUGGAUAUUCAACUACCCAAAGCCUUGUUUUCAGUGCUGACUUCAUUCAAGAUAAGCACAGAUGAUCAUUAAGGCAGCUAUCUGCACUGCAUGCUGAGAAAUGCCAGAGCCCCCUUCCUUAAUGCCACCUGGAUUUCCCCUGCCUUCAUCCUCAACCAGCCUAGAUGACCAAAUUUCACAUUUCCUUGAGGGUCCAAUAAAAGGUACCAUCACACUGGAUACCAAUUUCUGAAUGAGAUACUUAUUUAUCAAAUGAAGCAUAGAUAAACUCUGGUGAAUUUAAGUAAAAAUCAGAUCUUCUAAAACCCUAGCAGGUAGCUCAUAGUAUUUCUGGGAAGAUUUCAUGAUCAAAUUCAGAAAGGGGGAAGGUCCACACACACAGAAAAAGCCAAAAUCUUGACCACAGAAUAGGUCAGGGCAGAUAUACUAGCACUGGGACUUCCCUGGUGGUCCAGUGGCUAUGAUUCUGCACUCCCAAUGCGGGGGGCCUGGGUUCAAUCCCUGAUGAGGAAAUUCGAUGCCACAUGCAGCAACUGAAAAGAUCCCACAUGCCACAAGGGAAGAUCAAAGACCGCAAGUGCUGCAACUAAUACUGAGCGCAACUAAAUAAGAAAUACGGGCAUUAUCAAUUGUUGCUUUUGAAAACUGGAUUUGAUGCCUUAGUGUUUCCUUCACAUUGUUCUGAUCAUGUAUCCCUUCUAUUUAUUUACAUUUAUAGUAUAUCAUUGUUAUUCCUUGAGUGGUUAUCUCUAGAUCUCUAAUUUUAUAUCAUGGGGUUUACUGAUUCUUCCUGACCAUCAAGGUGUUCUCCCUGAAUUGAGCCAGAACAUAAGAGAGCCCCUUGUGCUGGCAGGCCUUUGGUUUCCUGAAGAGUUGCAUCUCUUUAGUUUUGCCUCAGCAGGACACCAUUGACUGACAUGAAGACAUUUUAAGUCACACAUAGAGCAAUGUUAUCCCUGCAUUUAUCACAAGAUUGCAGAUGAGGCUGAACUAUCAGAAAAAUGUCUUCAAACCUCAAUGCCAGGAAAUCUUUGCUUCUGAGAAGUGGCUCACUUUCUCUAUAUGGUUGAGAUAAAUAAAGCAAGUGUUUUUCCGUCCCUUUAUGUCAUGGCUUCCAAGAAGCUCAGAAAAUAACUAGCUCAACAUAAUUAUGAAAGAUCCUAUGAUCUACAUAUAUACAUUUCAAUUUGGCUUUGGU